AUGUACUGGAUGAACUGGACAGCAGAGGCAGAUUUCACACUUGCUGGUUUGUCCAGUGAUGAAAGAAUACAGCAUUUUAUAUUUCCUAUAUUUUUACUCUUAUACCUUAUGUCAAUCUGUGGAAAUGUCAUAAUUGCAACAACAAUAUGGACAGAACAUAAACUCCAUACUCCUAUGUACUUCUUCCUGGGAAAUCUCUCAUUCCUGGAUAUUUGCUACUCAUCAGUGACUGUGCCCAAAAUGUUGAUACCAUUGGUUGGUGGGAGCACCAAGAUAUCUUACACAGGUUGCAUGUCUCAACUCUAUUUCUAUGUGUCCUGCUGUAGCACAGAGUGCUUACUACUCUCUGUCAUGGGCUUUGACCGAUAUAUUGCUAUCUGCAAUCCCAUGCACUACACUAUUAUUAUGAACAAAAGAACAUGCCUCCAACUGGCCAUUGGUAUUUGGCUGGUUGGCUUUCUCACAUCUAUCAUACAUACAGUCUUCACUGCUCGUUUGCCCUACUGUAAUUCUCACAUGAUCUCACAUUUCUUUUGUGAUAUUCCUCCUUUGCUAAAGCUUGCAUGUUCAGAUACUUUCCAGAACAAGUUACUUAUCCUCACAGCUGGUGGCUUUUUAGGACUAAGUUCCUUUGUACUGACUUUGGUCUCUUAUAUCCAAAUUAUUAAUGCUAUCUUGAAAAUACGCACAAAGUUGGGAAGAAGCAAAGCAUUCUCAACAUGUGCUUCACAUCUUGUUGUGGUCAUCCUAUUCUUUGGCAGUAUAAGUUUCAUGUACAUGAGGCCAACAUCCAUCUACUCACUGGAGCAAGACCAACUUGUUUCUCUUUUAUAUGCUGUAGUAACUCCCGCCUUGAAUCCUAUCAUCUAUACAUUGAGAAAUAAAGAGGUUAAGCAAGCUCUAAAGAAUAUCCUUUGUAAAACUUUAAUUCUAAAAUGA